AGAGGAGUUGAGCUCCCGAGUCGGGAGGCCUGAGCGGGAAAGGCGGGAACUGGACCGCGGGGCUCCCUGGCCGGAGGCUGUUACCCAGUGGCGUUGGGCACAUCACGCAUUGAGGGCCCUUUAAAGACCUGGAUUGAUUGGAAGGACAAAAAUUAAAAGCAAUCUGAUCCAGCCCCAUGCCGGAUCCCUGCGGAUUCCCUCCUUAUCCUAUUUCCACCCACUGUCACAAUUUGAGAGUCUGCCUGAUUUGAUCAGAUGCACCUCCGGGGGAGGUGUUGACGCCAAGGUUAGGAGGACGCCAAGUUAAGGCAACUUCUUGAUCUGCCCAUCAGCAGUCUGAGAAACGCUGGCUCUGAAUUUUCUGAGGUGGCUUUCUGGAAGAAACAAGUUCCUCGCUGUUUGCAAACCUGCAGCGCUCAAGCCUCUGGGACAGCCCGGCCCCCGCCGCCUGGUAGAUGUGGCUUUUCCAUGCUGAGGGCGGGAGUCCCCCCUGAGCCCGCCGCUGCCUCCCCAGGGCGCCUCUGGGCCGCGCCCCUGUGGCCUGCACAGCCAUGCUGCACCUGCUGCCGCUCCUCCUGCACUGCCUGGUGCCGGCCUCCGGGGACUACGACAUCUGCAAAUCCUGGGUGACCACAGACGAGGGCCCCACCUGGGAGUUCUACGCCUGCCAGCCAAAGGUGAUGCGCCUGAAGGACUACGUCAAGGUGAAAGUGGAGCCCAAGGGCAUCACGUGCGGGGACCCCCCAGAGAGGUUCUGCUCCCACGAGAACCCCUACCUGUGCAGCAACGAGUGCGACGCCUCGGACCCCGACCUGGCGCACCCGCCGCGGCUCAUGUUCGACCGCGAGGACGAGGGCCUGGCCACCUACUGGCAGAGCGUGACCUGGAGCCGCUACCCCAGCCCGCUGGAGGCCAACAUCACGCUGUCGUGGAACAAGAGUGUGGAGCUGACCGGAGACGUGGUGAUGACCUUCGAGUACGGCCGGCCCACGGCCAUGGUGCUGGAGAAGUCGCUGGACCACGGGCGCACGUGGCAGCCCUACCAGUUCUACGCCGAGGACUGCACCGAGGCCUUCGGCAUGGCCGCGCGCCGCGCCCGCGACAUGUCGCCGUCCAGCGCCCACCGCGUGCUGUGCACCGAGGACUACUCGCGCUGGGCCGGCUCCAAGAAGGAGAAGCUCGUGCGCUUUGAGGUGCGGGACCGCUUCGCCAUCUUCGCCGGGCCGGACCUGCGCAACAUGGACAGCCUGUACGCGCGGCUGGAGAGCGCCAAGGGCCUCAGGGACUUCUUCACGCUCACCGACCUGCGCCUGCGGCUGCUGCGGCCCGCGCUGGGCGGCACCUACGUGCAGCGCGAGAACCUGUACAAGUACUUCUACGCCAUCUCCAACAUCGAGGUGGUGGGCAGGUGCAAGUGCAACCUGCACGCCAGCCUGUGCUCGGUGCGCGAAGGCAGCCUGCAGUGCGAGUGCGAGCACAACACCACCGGCCCGGACUGUGGCAAGUGCAAGAGGAACUUCCGCACACGCGCGUGGCGCGCCGGCUCCUACCUGCCGCUGCCCCACGGCUCCCCCAACGCCUGUGCAGCUGCGGGCUCUGCCUUCGGCACCUCAGGCACCUCCGCCACUGCCCUUGCCCCUGCCAAGGCCUCCAGACUUUUCCAGCUCAAGCCCAUAUCUCCUCAGGUGGUGCCCAUGGAGGAAUUCCCAGACUGCGAGUGCUACGGCCACUCCAACCGCUGCAGCUACAUCGACUUCCUGAACGUGGUCACCUGCGUGAGCUGCAAGCACAACACGCGCGGCCAACACUGCCAGCACUGCCGCCUGGGCUACUACCGCAACGGCUCGGCGGAGCUGGACGACGAGAACGUGUGCAUCGGUGAGCGUGGGCGGCGUGCGGGCGGAGGGCUUCCUGUUCUCCAUCUGUGUUUGGGGGCUGGCCUUGAACUCACUGUGUAGCCCAGGAUGACCACAGCGAUCC